CAAAGUGGCAUGCUGUGCACUGGGGCAUCAGUCCUGGGAUGGGCUCAGUUGUGGGAAAACACUGUCGGGGCAUUCAUAAUCAUACCUCUUUUAUCUCUAAUCUUUACAAUGUGAUGUUAAUUAUUAAUUGAAAACAGUGUUGGGCCAAAUUCUAAUGUCCCUGCAGUGCUAUAAACCCAGAAUAAUUCUGCUUAAGCUUGUGGCUUUCCUCCCGCGCAGUGGAGAUCACAACACUGACAGAUAACCAGCGCAGUGGAAGGAGUCAGCAACUUUGGGCUGGGUUGAGAUCUUCUGGCACAAAGUCUGGGUGGGUCUUUCACCAGCUGCACUGGGGACAUGAAGUUAUCGCAUUCCUCUCUGCAACAUUUCUCCAAAGUGGACUUAGGUAAUUGAUAACAACAGUGCCAUCACGUGCCAUUUAGGAGGAAAAUCUUGCUGUUAUAAUAAUGUUACACAGGUGGAAAGUUUGAAGCUGGUUGGCUGAUCUUUUAUGGAAAGGUCAGAGACAUGUCUUAUAUAUUGCAAGAGAUGAGAGGGACCACAUUCUUUUUCCAUUGCAAAAAUGGGCUCCAGCAUCUUCCCACUCUGCUUAGCACUUCUAUUACAUCAUGUUUAUGGUACUCCAGUCUCUGUCACACACCUCUCUAGUGAAGCUGCAGCAGAUGCUGAUGCUGGUGAAAUAAUCAAAGAUAUUCCACACAUAAACUUAGCUGCUGGACUGGACCUCUUUCAGGGUGAUAUCUUGUUGUCUCAAAAUCAGCGAAAUGCCCUAAGAAAUGAGAUUUACAGAUGGAAGUUCCCCAUUCCUUAUAUUCUGGGUGAUAACCUAGAUCUGAAUGCCAAAGGAGUAAUUCUCCAAGCGUUUGAAAUGUUCCGUCUUAAGUCUUGCGUUGAUUUCAAGCCCUAUGGAGGGGAGAGAACCUACAUAUUCUUUACAAAAGAAGAUGGGUGUUGGUCCCAGGUGGGGGACCUGCAGACUGGGCAGAACCUCUCUAUUGGGGCACGGUGUGACUACAGAGCAAUUGUGGAACACGAGCUCCUGCAUGCUCUGGGGUUUUACCAUGAGCAGUCGAGGAUGGACCGGGAUGACUAUGUCACAAUCUGGUGGGAUGAAAUUAUUACAGGCAAAGAGCACAAUUUUCUGAAGUACGAUGACAGCUACAUCACUGAUCUGAACACCCCCUAUGAUUAUGAGUCACUGAUGCACUAUGAACCUUUUUCAUUCAACAAAAAUGAAAGCAUCCCCACAAUCACAGCAAAGAUACCAGAAUUUGAUGAUAUAAUUGGACAACGUCUGGACUUGAGCGCUAUUGACCUGGAAAGACUGAAUCGCAUGUAUAACUGCACUUCAACUCACACUUUUUUGGACCAAUGUUCUUUCGAGUUUGACAAUAUCUGUGGCAUGAUUCAGGGAGCCAGAGAUGAUCUAGACUGGAUCCAUCAACAGAGCGGUGCUACAGGGCAGGAUGACCACACGCUUUCUGGGCGCUGUAGAGACGCUGGCUUUUUCAUGUACUUCAGCACCAGCUCUGGCAAGGCAGAUGAGGUGGCAGUCCUAGAGUCCCGAAUCCUUUAUCCAAAGAGAACUCAGCAGUGCCUCCAGUUCUUCUAUAAGAUCACAGGAAGCCUUUCUGACAAGCUGGUCAUCUGGCUUAAAGAGGAUGACGGCACUGGAAAUGUUCGUAAAAUGAGGAAAAUUCAAACCUUUCAAGCGGAUAAUGACUCUGACUGGAAAAUUGCCCAUGUGACCCUCAAUGCCCAGAGGAAGUUCCGUUAUCUCUUCCAAGGACUAAAGGGUGACCCCAGCUCUUCAGCUGGUGGGAUUGCUAUCGAUGAUGUCACGCUGACAGAGACCCCCUGUCCCACAGCUGUGUGGGUCAUUCGGAAUUUCAGCCAAAUCCUCCAAAACGCAUCCAGUGAUGUUAUUCAAAGCCCCCGGUUUUAUAGCCCUGAGGGUUACGGUUUUGGUGUGAGUUUGUAUCCCCACUCCACGAUCAGCGGCUACACUCGCAUUGCCUUUCACCUGUGCAGUGGAGAGAACGAUGGUGUUCUGGAGUGGCCAGCUCUGAACCGCCAAGCUGUACUCACUGUGCUGGACCAGGACCCUGACGUCUUGAAAAGGAUGUCCUCUAGCAAAAGCUUCACCACAAGCAACAAUCAAUUUAUCUCAGGUACUAAUGGAACCUUAAUAUGGGAGAAACCAUCAAUUGUUGGAAAAUUUGAUGCCUCAUGCAAUUGCUAUAGAAGUGUCACCUGGGGGUGGACUAACUUCAUAUCCCACAGCCAGAUGAGACGGAGGAGCUUCCUGAAAAAUGAUGACCUGAUUAUUUUUGCAGAAUUUAAUGAUCUAAGUCACCUUGUUAACACUGAAGUUCCUGUUGAACGUGAACAACCCGCCUUCAUGGAAGGCCUUAUUCUGGAAAGGCAGAAGAGAGCAGCCCAGGAUAUGGAGCCCGCUCAAGACCUUUAUCUGCAAGACCCGUGUGACCCAAACCCUUGCCAGAAUGAUGGAGUCUGUGUGAAUGUGAAAGGAAAAGCAAACUGCAGGUGCCCAUCAGGACAAGCCUUCUUCUUUAUGGGUGAGAGGUGUCAGUCAAGGCAGGUCCAUGGGAACAUCCUGGGAAUGACAGUUGGUGGAGUUGCUGGAACCAUUGUCUUAACCAUCGUCCUCAUUUCCAUGAUGGCUAGAAGAUAAAGAGCUGCAGGAGGAUAAAUCUCAGCCUGGUAUUUUUCCAUAGUUUGUUCAUAAGACAUUUGCUUUCAGUGAAAAAUGAUGAAUACAACUUGCAGAAGAUGAGUCAGCAUAUGGAUGAAAUGCUCUAUCAACAGCUUGGCAGCGAUCUGUUUACUCUGUAGGACUUGGCAGUUAAAGAACAUCAUGUAGAACUGCUGUCUAAUGAAAGUUCAUACACUGUGCUUCUUGUGUAUUCUUUGAAUGUUUCGUUUCUUCAUCCAACAAGUGGUAGUGCUGAGAGUCCCUGCAUUUUCUCUCAACCAUGGUUCUAACUUAGAUUAAAUGACUGGUGGAACCUCUCAAAACACUGGAAAAAGUCACAUAGAAGCACAUAUAUUAAGACUCUUGAAAUGUUCCUAUAGAAAUUACUCAAGAAGUCUGAAGGGUACAAAUCCACAGCUAUGCAAACUACAUCAGUACUCAUUUUUAAUGGAGCUGUGCUGGUUUACGAAAGCUGAUUAGCUAUUACAUAGAAUUCAUAGUAAACUACUAUUACAUAUUUUUGGCCAUUUCUUUAGCAGGGAAAUAAUUUCACAUUAAAGCUUGUUGUCUUUCUAGAAGGUUUCAUGAGAUAAUGUCUUCAAAUACUCAAGUGAAAAUAUUUUCUCUAGGCGUAAUCCAAGCUUUUUUAAACAUGUCUAAAACUCCCAUGAUUUCAGCAGGUUCUGGAUGAAAUGGGAGCAAAGUAUCAGUUAUCAUAGGGUAGGAUCUCUAAUGGUUACCACUGAAUUCAUAUCUCUUUGGAAAUCAUUGUCUCAAAAGUCAAGGAGAGGGGUGGGAGUGCAUGAAGAUAAAGACUGGGUCUGUGGUACUGGAGUGUGCUGGGUAAGGUAUUAACACCCUAGAACUUAUUGUGGAUGGCAGGAAACAACUGAUUUAGUAUAUCCUAAGAUCUCUUCUUUCAAGGACUCAAACUGAACUUAACAUCAAACAUCAAACUGAACUUAAAUUAACCAAAUAUUGUCUAGAUACAAGAAAGAAAUAUUUUACAAUGUAAACAGUCAUAUACCACACUUGAAACUUUGUUAGCCAGGUUUCCUCCAAAAGCAGUUUCUUCUUGUCUGCAUAUCAGAACUGCAGGAGUUCAGAAUGCAAAUGGUAAAUAAUCACAGAGGGUGAAGCUACCUUUGUAUUUAUCAGAUACCUGUCACAAGGGAUGGUGGCCAAGGGAAAAUGCACUGUCAUAGCAGCAGGUUGCACGCAGGGAGCUGGUUUCCACUUGUUUUUACACUUGGAUUCAUCCUGGUGCUCACACCAGUCCUGUGAGUAGGGACAAACCGUCCAUUUAAUUAAGGCAUUAUCAGCAAGUUAGUACUCUGCCUCUCUUAUUCUCUGCAUCUGGAAUAAAAUCAAAACAAACAUAUCAGCUUGGCCUGCAACAUGUCUGAGCAUCUGGCUGCACCUCACCACAGGCGAGAGGUGGUUGCAGAUCUGAUUACCUUCUGCCAGCGGGAUUAGGGGACUCCCCCUUGGGUCAUGGGGGUCUACCACCCAAGCUGACAUGCUCAUAAAGUAUGCAGGGUUAUGGAAUGAAAGACAAGAGAUCCAUAAAGAUGAAUAAAAUUAUGGGGUGCAGCUUGUUAAUUAAUGUGUGAGACAGAAAAAACAAAGACAGAGAGGAUCCAGUAAAGCCCCAGUUAAAUGCUAUCCUGCAUAUAAUUUUGGUGUCCCUAAAGGAAAGGCACACUACAAAUCUGCUCCUUCACAUCCUGCUGGGUCUGGAGUCUUCUCUGGGCUUGUCAGUGCUGCUGGUGGCUGGGUCCAGGGAUUUCUUCUCCCCCCAUCAGGAAUCUGGUUUUGCCCUGCUCUCAUCCAUCUUCAGAGUUUGCUGGCAGCAAAAUGUGAUGGUUGGGAAAGACAACAGGGACUGGCUCUGUUCCCUUUGGAUGGUGUAACUUUCAGCCUUUGCACUGGAGGGGGAAUGCAUCCCAGUUCUCCCUUGGCUAGACCCUAGCCCCACUGGCUCCUCAUCUUGAGAGUAACAGUGUUCAGAGCAUCUCAUCAGUGCAGAAAAAAUCCCACCAGCAUAGCUGCAGUCACUCUCUUCAGACAUUCCAGUAUCUGCCUCUUCCCUGGGAAACUGUACACACAGUUCAUUUUCCUUGGGACCUGAAAAUUUUUAGUGUCAAACUUCUCAACACAUGCUGAAAAGGAGAAGCCCAAAUAAACAUAUUCAGAGUCUGCUCACCUCCUUGCCUUGGUUCCCAAUCAAAGUGCUUUGGUUUACUAUCCACUGGGCUUUGUACUGGGUACACUGGGAUGCUCUAUUACCUGCAACAAGCACUCCAAAUAUCUCCUAAACAUUGCCAACUUAAUUUCGUAGACAGUUUCCAGGAUCUUUGCAGUUCAGUGUCUCUGCUUGCUUCUUCAUUUCCUAGGAGCCCGCAUCUCCAGGAUCCAGGAUUUCUCUGUACUAGCAAAAUCCAUGUUGGGCAGUCUCUGAUGCUUGCAAAUGGACACUUGGUUACUCACUAGCAAAAGAGCAAGGCUAUUAUGGGCAAGGCAUAAUGCCGAUCAGUGCUGGACAAGGC